GUGUGUCGGAGGAUUUCAGUACUAAAUUUAACUCCUAAUCUGAUUUAAACUAGGCGAGUCUCUCGUGUCGCGGUACCGUGUAAGAACAGCAGGUCUAGAAGCGGGUCAGCAGCUCCGGCUGUGUCAGUACCGAGUUUUUACGGGUCAGUCGGUGACCCUGCAGCUCGGCUCAGCUCUGCGCUGACAGGGCGGCUCUGGAUCACAGAGGAGAGCUGAAGAAACACUACCUGGUUCAUACUGUGUCUUGUUCCAGAGGAGGCUGCUAUGAAAAAGUGGCUGUAUGCACUGUGAAGUAAACCAUGGAGAUAAAUGGGUCCCCAGAGCCGUGUGAAGGCACAGCAGACACCGGUGAGGUUUCUGUUAAGGGAUUAACACAGAGCUGGAUGAAAUGGUCCAGUGAUCAUCAGGAGUAUCAAAAACACAAUCCCUUCAGCAACAACAAAGCACCAGCUGUGCAGCUGCAGCGGGGUCAGCAGGGUUACGGCAGGCCACCGGAGGGCUCUAAAACAGAGCAGAGAGGGCAGGACGCUCACUUGCAUGUCAGCAAAGAGGUUCAGCAACUGUGUCAGGUCAUUCGAGAAAUUGGCAAGAGGCAAGAGGACGGCAGACCAGCUGUGCAGUUCGGAGCACUGUUUGAACACUAUGACCCAUAUCAAGGAAACCGAAUCCUGAGCUUUGCUGAGCACAACAGUUAG